AUGAGUACAGAGAAACCGACAAUUGUGAUCGUGCCCGGCGCGUGGCAGCUCGCAAGCGGCUAUGUUCCCUUUGCCACCCAACUCCAAGAAGCCGGCCUUCCUACAGAAGUGAUCGCUUUCCCAUCAGUGGGCGGGACCGAGUCGCCCCUUCCGGGCCUACCUGAAGAUGUGAUCGAAACGCAGAAAGUCUUAACCAGGCUCGUUGAGGAGGGGAAAGAAGUUGUGCUGCUCUGUCACAGUUAUGGUGGCGUGGUCGGAUCCUGUUCCGCUGAGGGAUUCAGCGUUGCUGAGAGAGCUAAGGAGGGUAAGAAGGGGGGGGUGAGAUUGGUGGUGUAUAUGGCGGCAUUCAUGAUCCCCAAAGGAAAGAGUUUGCUGGAUAUGCUUGGGGGCAAGCCGCUGCCAUGGAUGGAUGUACAGGGGGAGAAAACAAUAGGCGUAGCCGAUCAAAUGCAUCACAUAAUAUACAACGACAUGUCAGUCGAGCAGGCAGCGCCGUACUUGCAGCAGAUCUCGCACUCCGCUAGCAUUGUAUUCUCGACCCCAUCGACCUUUGAGCCAUGGAACAACGGUGUUAAGUGUGCGUAUAUCUUCUGCACAGAAGAUAACGCAUUACUGUUCCCGAUCCAACAAGCAAUGGCUGCCCAGCUUGGGCCCGAGCCGGUGACAUGGGUUUUGAAGUGUGGGCAUUGCCCCUAUGCGAGCAUUCCGCAGGAGUUGGCUGAGGUUGUUCUGAAAGCGGCAGAGGUGAAGUAG